AUGACCAACAAAAGUGCGGCCGUCUGCGAAGCGAAGAUUAUGUUUCGUCAUCUGAAACCAUUCCCGGUGAUCGAUGCGAAUAGUAAUUAUAAAAUUGCAACCGGACACUUUCUCGAAUCGUCCAAUCAAAUCAUCGAUGCGAUCGCAUGUUUCGGUAAGCUGUUCUCUCCCAUCGUUAAUGAUAUGCGCCAAAACGUGCAGAGUAUAGCGAACAAAUACCAACAGAACGAAACGUUGUUCAUGUACUUGGAGGAUUUAAUCCUAAAGGACAAGGAUGGUGGAACUAUUCCGUUCAAUGGAGUGACGAAUAAUUUGCUGUGGCUGAAGAGAGCCUUUGAAAUGAUGGAACAAUUUUUUACCAACAUGCUUGAAGACGAGACGUGCAGCGAACAGGUGAAACCGCACCUUAGAAAAGCGUACGAGCAAUGCUUGAUGCCGUAUCAUCGAGUUCUGGGACAAACAGUGUUUCAGCUGCUGCACUUAUAUUUACCAACGCGAUCAUCGCUUCUCGGGACACCGGAAACCAAUGCGGAUAAUUUAAAGAUGCUAGAGGAAUUUUUAGUGCCGUUGCGUGCCAAUUUGGAUCAUAUUAAUGAAUUCUACUCCGAGCAUGACUUACAUAGAAAUGAUAAAGCGUAG